GUACCAUUAUCAUACGGAUACACAAAAGACCUAGGAACUAGGCCCCAAAAGGGUUAACAGUUACACUGUGUGAGGACCAUCUGGGGCAGUAGAAGCCACCAUGGCAGCAAUAUACAGAGCUGUGAUCCGAAGGGCUGACAAGUUUGUCCCAGAGAAAUUUCAACCAUUUUGGAACCAUCCAGCAGGUCCCAAAACUGUGUUCUUCUGGGCACCUUGUUUCAAAUGGGGUUUGGUGUUGGCUGGUCUUGGGGAUAUAGCAAGACCUGCAGAAAAGCUAUCUCUUUCCCAGUCAUCAGCUCUGGCAGCUACUGGUCUUAUUUGGUCAAGAUAUUCCUUGGUCAUAAUUCCUAGGAACUGGAAUCUCUUCAGUGUGAAUGUGUUUGUGGCUACAACAGGAAUCUACCAGUUGGCUCGCAUAUUCACCUAUGAACAGUAUGAAGAAAGUCCUGGCAUUUUGUCAUCCAGCAAAAUAUUGCAGGUCCAUGGCAGAAUGGCCCAGUCUGUGGUUGCUGACGACCAUGCCAAUCGUCAUGUAGUAUACCUUCCCUCUUUUGCCUUAAUAUCAUGA